UUUUUUUUUUUUAAUUCUUAUACUUUGUUUCGAAUCGUCUCAGCUCAGAAGCUUGCCUGCUCCUGCGUGCCUGAAAGCUGCUUCAGUUGUACCGGUGUGGGAGGAUUAGCCGAGUUCUUCAUGUCAAACCUCCGGCGCUUGCCGUCCAACUGCCUUAUUUGUGCCCCACCAGCUGCGCUCCUCCUGCCUUGAAGGAUACAAAAUGUACCAGAGCAUAACUCUUGCCCCCAACCCUGGCCAAUCGGCAUACUCCCACGACUCCAGCAACUUCCUGCACUCGCCAGCCAGCCCUGCCGUCUACGUUCCCACCAGCCGGAUGCCUUCCAUGCUCCAGAGCCUGCCUUACCUGCAGAGCUGCGAACCUGCCCACCAGGGCCACCCCCUGAGCAGCCACCCAGGAUGGGCGCAGCCGGCCAGCGCCGAGGCCUCGCACUUCAACGCCAGCAGCCCUCACGCACCGCCCGGCUUCUCCUACUCCCACAGCCCCCCUGGCGGUAGCGGUGCCGGACGAGAGGCAGGCUACCAGAGCCCCUUGUUGUUGGGCACCGGGGGGCGCGACCAGUAUGGCAAUGCUCUGGUGCGCUCGGUCAACGGGUCCUACUCCAGCCCUUAUCCCGGGGCUUACGUCAGCUCUGCGGAGAUGCCGCCAUCUUGGACUGCGGGGCACUUUGAGAGCAGCGUCUUGCACAGCCUUCAGACGCGACAGGGGGGCUUGCCUGGCCGGAGACCCACAUUUGAGUUCUUGGAGGAAUUCCCCGGAGAUGGCAGAGAAUGUGUUAACUGUGGAGCGAUGUCCACUCCACUUUGGAGGAAAGAUGGGACGGGGCACUACCUGUGCAACGCCUGUGGUCUAUAUCACAAAAUGAAUGGCAUUAACCGGCCUCUCAUCAAGCCCCAGAAAAGGCUGUCCUCAUCUAGACGCGCCGGUCUCUGCUGCACUAACUGCCAUACAACCAACACUACGCUCUGGAGGCGGAAUGCAGAAGGGGAGCCGGUCUGCAACGCGUGUGGAUUAUACAUGAAACUGCAUGGGGUACCCAGACCUCUGGCAAUGAAAAAAGAAAGCAUCCAGACGAGGAAGAGGAAACCUAAAAAUAUCACCAAAGGAAAAUCCUCAACAGGGUCCACCAAUUCAACCACCAAUUCCCCUUCCUCCAUCACAAAUUCUGAAAGCACCGUCACUUUAAAAACGGAACCCUCUGUAACAUCGCAAUAUCCAGGGCAGUCGAUCGUGGCAGCUUCCCAGGGUCCGAGCCCAUCUGAAGACGCGCUGGCUGACAGCCACACCCAGUUCAAGUACGAGCCAGAGGACUACGCCUUCUCUGCGGCCACCAUGACCCAGCAGUCGGGACUAAGCGUUCCUCUUCGCCAAGACUCAUGGUGCGCCUUGGCACUGGCCUAAGAAACUUGUCUUCCAUUUUAAAAAUUGAAAGCAGGCAGCAGAUGAACCUGUUGUUCCCGUGAUGUCAGUGGAUAGCAGGCAAAAAAAGGGGGGGGGAAGCACAUUUCUACCUUAGUACUUUGGGUGAUCAAUGUGGGUCUAUGUCUCUAAAUGCUGGCUCCUUUUCCCAUGGAAGAUGCACCAUUUGAACUGAAUAUGGACAAUUGCCUCCCUUUUGACACAUCUGACUCUAUGGGUCUCUUUUGCUCUCUAAAAGUUUUCAAAUUUUACCAGCACCAAUCGAAAGCGGGAAGAAACCCAGACCUCUCUUCGGAGGAGGAGAUAUCUAUCUUCCCCAUGAUCCAUUUUAAAGAAAUAAAUCUCAGAAUCUAUACUUUUGUUCACGGUGAUUUCAACCCCCCUCUUUUUAUGACUCCCCUGUGUGCAAUUUUACUCCACUUCCCAAUAAAGACUGUAAUAGAAAGUG